UUUUCAUCUCUCUAUACAAACCUUGCAUUACCUCUACAAGCUCUCUCUCUUCCACCAGAAUGUUGCCGGAGCUCGAUUUCUCACUUCUGCCGGCAAUAGGUGAGCCAUAGGAUUCUAAAUUACCACAGAAACAGAAAAAGGGAAACCGGAAGAAGGGGGAGGCGAGCGGGAAGGAUAAAUUCUCGUGGCCGUCCGGCGCUACUUUUGAGAUCCAGUGAUUUAUGCGGAUGAUAUAAUGAAUGUUGUUUCCGGAAAGAGCCGCCGCUUAUUAUCUGUUGAACCCUUGUCAUCUUCGGCUAAGUUUAUCUCUCCUCUCCAAAACCCAAAGGUUGCCCCAGACGGAGUAGAUGCCCCUUCUGAAACUACAGCUACACAAACAGUAUUUACUAGGAAAAGCAAGUACAUUUCCCAUGAGUCCGUCAUCAACUUCAUUAAACGUGAGAAAAGCCCAGAAGACGCGUUGGAAAUCUUUAAUAAAGCAUCAGCACAAAGGGGUUUUCAGCAUAACAAUUCCACCUAUGGGAUAAUUCUUCAUAAGCUUGCCCAGUGCAAGAAAUAUCAGGCCCUUGAUGGAGUUCUUCAUCGGAUGACCUAUGAGACGUGUAGAUUCCAUGAAGGUAUAUUCCUUAAUCUCAUGAAACAUUUCUCUAAAGCAUCCAAGCAUGAGAGAGUGCUUGAAAUGUUUCACUCUAUUAUGCCUAUUGUACGUUCGCAGCCGUCCCUGAGAGCCAUCAGUACAUGUCUUAACCUUCUGGUUGAUGCAAAUGAAACUGAUUUGGCAAGGAAGUUUCUCCUGAGUACUCAGAAAGACUUCCACUUGAAGCCGAACACGUGUAUCUUCAAUAUUGUGGUCAAACAUCACUGCAAGAAAGGGGAUAUUGAAUCUGCUUUUGUAGUGAUGAAAGAGAUGGAGAAGUCUGAAGUUUCUGCACCAAAUUUGAUAACCUACUCAACUGUGAUUGAUGGUCUUUGUACGAGUGGCAGGUUAGAAGACGCAAUUCAGUUAUUCGAGGAAAUGGUGUCUAAGCAUCAGAUAGUGCCGGAUGCAUUGACUUAUAAUGCUCUGAUAAAUGGAUUUUGUCGUGGACAGAAAACAGAUAGAGCCAAGAAAAUAAUGGAUUUUAUGAAGAAAAAUGGAUGCAAUCCCAAUAUAUUCAACUACUCAUCCUUAAUGAACGGGUACUGUAAGGAUGGUAAGCUUGAGGAAGCAAAGGGAGUGUUGAAUGAGAUGAAAGAUACAGGGCUGAGUCCCGAUACUGUUGUGUACACCACUUUGAUUAAUUGGUUGUGUAGGUCCAGCAAAACUAACGAAGCUAUAGAGCUGCUUAAGGAGAUGAAAGAAAACGAAUGCAAGGCAGAUGAGGUAACGUUUAACGUCAUUCUUGGUGGAUUGUGUAGGGAACACAGAUAUAUUGAGGCUCUUAACAUGCUCGAGAGGCUUCCCAACGAUGGUGUUUAUCUUAAUAAGGCUAGUUAUAGGAUCGUUUUGAAUUCUCUGUGCAAAGAAAGAGAACUGGAGAAGGCGGUGGAUUUGCUGGCUCUGAUGCUGCACAGGGGUUUCGUGCCCCAUGUUGGCACGUCAAAUGAGUUAUUAGUUAGUCUUUGCAACGCAGGAAAGGUGAACGACGCUGUUAGGCUGUUGUUUGGGUUGGUGGAGAGGGGGUUAAAGCCAGAUCCUCUUACAUGGAGUGUUCUGAUUGAUUUAAUCUGUAGAGAGAGGAAGCUACUGCCUGCAUUUGAACUACUUGAUCAACUUCUAAAGUAAGGCUUGUAUUUCCCAUGAUGUUGCAUCAAAUUUUCUAGUUGUCAGAAUUAUUGAUGGCAAGUAGAGUUAUGAGAGAAAAUAGUUGUAAUUUAGAAUUAAACUAUACAUCAGUUGUAAUUUAGCAAAGUUCUAAAUAUAAACAGAUGUUUAUACCUCUUGAACAA